AUGGCAGAUCUCGGUUCGCAGCUUCUGGGAGCUAGAACACCGCGUAAGACGCCUGGAACGCUCUCUGCACGCCGUUCAAACGUCUCAUUGCGGCAGUCUGGAUCGCUCGCGCAAGACUUGGGAGGAUCGGACAACGAUGGAGGCCAGCGAUUCACCCUUGCUCAUGAACUCGCAGCAGCCCUCAUGCCGGAUCCAAACUCGUCGUCGCGCAUGCUCGCUGAUGAGUUUGGGAUCGAGCUAGAAGAGGACGGAGACGGCGAGGCCGAGACCACUCCUGAUGACAAUCUCCAAAUUCAUGUCCCGCAACAUGUUGAUAAUCCACCAGAGCUUGCUCAGGCUGAACCUUUACCUGUAAAACCAGCGCCCAGCCGUGGCCUGUCCUCGGUGGCGGGAGACGGCCCAGAUGUAGCAGCCAUUCGCAAGCAAUCACCUCCACCAGUAUUCGAAAAGGAUCCCUUUCUUGUCCUCAACCAAAGUCUAAAAUCCACGGACAAGUUUAUCAAUCAACUCAGACGACUCGACUCUGAGCCCGCGCAUACUUCUUUGGCAUCGCAAGAGUCCUCCCUCGAAGAGCUCGCAGCAACUAUCAUCCGCAAGCUUGACGAGACUACGCGUGCCCGGGAGGAGCAGGUGCGAGAGUUGCUCGGGUACGAGAGAGAAUUUCGUAAAAUUGCAGGGGAGAUUGGUGGAAACGACCUAUUAGGAGAUUUAGACGAGCUUGAGAGAAUAGAUGGUCUCAUAGACGAGCAGAGCGCUCCCAAAGAGCCGACCCAAACCGACGAAGAGCUCACUGUACCGCGCCACACCCGUCCAGUUUCGAGUGCUUGGGAGGAUGCCCCAGACCCACACAGUCUGGACGCGCUAAUGGAGGAAGAAGAAGAAGAAGAGGAGGAAGAGGAAGACGGUUACAACGAGCCCAAUACUCCUGCAAAGGAUGUCACAUUUUUACCCCCUUCCCCUCCUUCGACGGGUCCCCCGACACCAUCAAGUACCCUCCCACACCUCGCUCACAUGCGCACCAUCACUCAGUCACUAGUAAGCUCGCUUGGGACUAUCUCGGAGCAAGCGCAGGUCAACGCUGCAGCUACGACCGAAGCCGGUCGAAAGAUUAGAAUGCUCAAGAAUAAGCUCGGUGGCUGGAAGUCCGAGUGGGAGAGUGCAGAACGAAGUAGGAUUAGAAUUGAGAAGUGGGAAGCAGGAAUAUGGGACGAUGGUACCGAUAUCACCGUCCUGAGUCCUACCUCUCCUCGAGACUCGUCUCCACCAGACUCGCUGCCCAAGGGGUGA